AUGGAGAUUGAAGAGUAUGCUAUAGAUGAGGACACAGUAUGUGGUGUGUGCCAGGCAGAGUUCCUGGACGUUGUAGAUCUACAAACACAUAUAUCCCAAUACCAUCUUAGUAACAGAAACAAUUACUGCCCAUUCUGCAUUCAAAAUUUCCCAGACUUAGAAGAAUUCGCAUUCCAUAUGAGAAAUGAACAUUUCGCUUCUAUACUAUAUUGUAAAUAUUGUACUAGAUUCUUUAUAGACGAAGAAGUUUUGAGAAAUCAUGAAGUUAAACACCAAUGUUCUGAGUUGAAUCAGAAAAUAUGCUGUUCUCAGUGUGAAUCUGUAUUUGAUGAGAUCAGUCAGGUGGAAACACAUGAGUUUUCUGAACAUAGGUUUAGAGAUGACAGUAUAAUGUUGCAGGAUGCUUACACAUUGCUAUCGUCACUUCUCAAUAUGAAUAUCAAGUUAUUUAUCCAAAGUCUGUGUGAGAAUUUGUUAUUCGACUGCACUCGGUGUGGCUUCUCAACAUUCAAUAGGAGUUUAUUCAUUGAGCAUUUGAAAAAGGAGAAUAAACAAUGCUACGUAUGUGAUAUAUGUUGUAAUGUUUUUAAGACGAAAGACGUCCUCUCUAAGCAUUGCAACACUCAUAUAUAUACAGAAAAUCCAAGGAAAAUGUCCGUCCCGAACCAAUGCAAGCGAUGCAAGAAGGUUUUGAAUACCACCAACAUGAGAAAUCAUCACAAAACAUGUGUGGAUAUGAAGUGCGGUACAUGUAAUCUCUCAUUUGAUUCGGUGACUUCUUAUGCAGAGCAUGCAGCCAGUCAUUCAUCGGAGAAGACGGUUCCUUUACAAAUAUGUAAAUAUUGUCAACGGCCACUCGUCGGGGCUGAUGUGUUAGAAAAACACAUACAAAGACAACACAAGCACGAGCUACAUCUGUACAAAUAUCACUGUAAGAGCUGUGAUAAGAUUUUCAAACAUCCAAAACUCCUGUUCGGUCAUUUCUUCUCGCAGCACAAAGACAUCAAGCCUUACAUUUGCAAUAUGUGCAAUAUUAGCUUCAGAAUGAGGAAGAACUUCACCAUUCACAUCAAACUGGACCACAAGAGCGAUGGUUCUGUUGAGUUCGAUGAUCAGUUUUACGUUCACUUCACUGAGAAGAAAUCUGAUAAGAACAAAGAAAAUACGGAUGGAGAAGAAUCUGAGAGAAAUGAACUUCAGACAAAUGAUGAAGAACCUAAAACAUGUGAAGAAGAUGUAACAAUAAUUGGAGAAUAUACUAAAAGAAAUGAUAAAGUUGCGGACGAUAAAAUAGAUGCUGGAAGAGAGAAAAACGAGGAUGUUGAAGCGGGGGUUGAAGUUACUGUUGAAGAAGUCGAUAAUGAAGAUAGUCAUGAAGCGACCAGAAAAGAAAAGACAUUAGAUAGAGUUGAAAUAACAGAUAUAGAUAGUGAUGGAAAAAGUGGUGAAGCGACUGAUACGAGUCCUGUAGAAGAGAGUGAAAAACAAAGAGUUACAGCAUUAGAAGAAAAUGAAGACACAGUAAAACAUAAAAUAUAUAGAGAUAGUGAUUCAGACGAUUCUGACGCGCCUCUCAUGAACAUGAAGAGGAAGACGUUAAAACAAAGACGAAAACGAACCACAAAGAACGUAUCAAAUAAAUUCACUUGCAGCCAGUGCGGUCGAAACUGUUACACUUUCCAGCACUACCAUCGACACGUGGCUUUACACAAGAAAAACGAAAUUAAGACUUGCAUCAAGUGCCACAAAGCGUUCAGACAUCAAAGUCAACUAGAGAGACACAUUAAGAAACAACAUUCUAGCUCCAAACUGACUGAAACACUCAAGAAAGUCAUGGAACGGAAAAAUAAUGAAACUAAAAUAGGAGAAGAAAGAAGUAAGAGAUUUGAGGAUAGUGUGGAAGAAGAUGGUACAGAGAGAAUUGAACUGAUCAGAGCGAAAACAUUCAGAAGCACCUUGAAAAGAGUCGAGAUUGAGAGAGCUUCAACUCCUGUGACUAUCACACCAGUGACAAUGACCCAGGACGAUACACUAUCAGCUAAGAAAUUCAUAGAGAGUUUUAUGCCGGAGAAACAAGAGUCCAGCAUUACGAUCUCAAGCUGCCUUACGAUCAAGAGAGUAACAGGAGAUAAGCGGCCGCCGACUAUUAUGCUGACGAAAUACACGCCGGAAACGGAAAUGGAGAUCAGACCGAGGUUGCGAAUGCCGGUCAAAUAUAAAGAUGAACACACACAAGCACAUGAUGUUACCAUCAGGGUUGUGAAUAAAGAAGUCCGGUCAAACUUUAAGCUAAAUACCAGCAGGUAUCACGAAACUGAACCAGGGUUAGUGACCGAAGUGCCAGGAGUAGCCGAGGAGGUUUUACUAGAUGGAGAGAGGAACAGAUCUCUUAUCAUAAACGAUGUUUUAAACUCUGAUAGUAUUAAAAUAGGUCAUCUAUGGCCCCAAGCGCCGCCGUACUACAGGAUAGUCAAAAUAAAUGAAGUCGAGAAGUCUCCAGAACCGGAAGUCGAGGAAUUCGUGGAGACAGACCUUACAUUGCCAAAUGGAACUAAAUUGGUUAACGUGAAUCCAUUGUCCCAUUUGCUAGGAGACCGUCAGUUGAGAGAUAUAAGACGCGCGAGGACCAAAUACUACCACCCGAAAGUAAAGAACAUCGCGCAAACCCUUGCUGAGGCGCUGAUGAAGUUAGACAAGACGAGGUACCAGCUACGAAAAGAACAUAAGAAGACCACGCGUCAGGCUUCGGAGAAGACUUGA